UUCAAAACAGCUUAGUUCAGAUCUUUGAGUAGAUGCCUUCUCUAGAGGAAGUUGCUGUUCAUCUCAGACUGAUAUUAUAUUUUGCUGCAAACAGCAUCAGAAGUUAUGGUGAUGAGAUGACCUCUUUCUGCUGCUUCCUGCAGACUCUGGUGGCCAAAAUGUUGGGCCUUUUCUGAGCUUUCUGAGCUUCAGAGGUUUUCUUUUUUCAUGACUUUUGCAGAAACAAGACGUUCACGUGUUUGGACCUGGAGAUGACUGCGUUAGCAGGAAGCUGUGGUGUUUCUGACACAUUCAUCAGAAGUGUUAUGAACACCCCCCAAUGGGUUAAGUGUCUCUCUGUCAGUACAGCAGCUCAGGAUGGAGGUAACAGUGCUCUGUGCUGUUGUUGCUUGUCUGAGACUCCUUCCCAGCAGAUCCCAGUUCUUCCAGUAUGAGAAUGUUGUUCUUAGCUGUGAGGGAAACUCGACUGAGUGGAGAGUCAGAAGAAAGACAUCAAAAAAAAUUUAUGAACUCUGUCCCUCCUAUCCAUCGAAAAGAAAUGACUCUACAUGCGUCUUAAAUGAUCUAUAUGAACAAGACUCAGGAGUUUACUGGUGUGAAUCUGAAGCAGGAGAACGCAGCAAUGAAGUCAACAUCACUGUAACAGAUGGAGAAUUGAUCCUGGAGAGUCCUGAACAUCCAGUUAGUGAAGGGGAAAACCUAACCUUUCACUGCAGAGCCAGGACAUCUUUCUCCAAUCAAACUCAUUUCUAUAAAAACGAGGAGCUCAUCGGGAGCAGCUCUACGGGAAACUUCACCAUCCAAAGUGUUUCUAAAUCUGAUGAAGGCCUCUACAAGUGUAACGUCUCUGGACUCGGAGAAUCGGAAGAAAGAUGGCUGACUGUCAGAGGGUGCAGUCCUCAAACGCCUACAGCUUCCCUCGCACACAUAGUACUUCCUGUUGUGGUCUGCAUUUUGUCAAAAUUAGGAGCGAUCUUUCCAUGUAAUCCAUGCAACAAUUAUUAAAAUACACAAUUGAAGCAGUAGAGAGUGAAACAAGUAUAUCCUCACAUUCUGGGACUGAGAGACUGGAGAGGCCUGUAUGGAGUCACAUAUUAACUGUCUUAUCUUUUGCAAAAGUAUAAACAAGAAGUGUAAUCAUGGAAAUGAUGUGUGAUGAUUUUCUGUUUUCUACAAGUGUUAAAUGAAAUGAGUAAUCUUUGAUUAUCAAGUUAAAACACAUAUGAUUGAAAUA